GCUGAUUCUCACCACUUUCAUAGAGAAGCUGGUACUUUAGCUUUCUAAUAAGAGCAGUUGCGGGUUACUCCUCCCUGACUUCACCAGCGCUUUUGAAAAUCAGCAGAAGUUCUUAAUACAGAAACAAACAUAUCCUCACAAGUGAUGGCUGCAGCUUCAUCUGAUCUGCUGACCAUUAUUCCGCACGAGGAAGUCUUCUGGAGUAACCAAACUAACCGAGCCAUAAAUGCCUCGGAAAUUCAAAACAAUGCCAGCUGCCCCAUAGAUGACAACUCGCUGUCACUUACUUUGAUAAUUUUUUACUCUAUUAUUUUUGUCGUUGGAUUGGCUGGAAAUAUUAUAGCCCUAUUUGCUUUCCUGCGCAUUCAUCAGAAACGGAAUUCUAUCCAAGUUUACUUGCUAAAUGUAGCUGUUGCAGACCUUCUGCUGAUCUUCUGUCUUCCUUUCCGAAUACUCUAUCAUGUUAACAAAAACACGUGGAUGUUUGGACAGAUUUUGUGCAAGAUUGUAGGAACUCUGUUUUACAUGAACAUGUAUAUUAGCAUAGUACUGUUAGGACUAAUUAGUCUAGAUCGUUAUAUAAAAAUAAAUAAGUCUGUGAGGCGUCCUAAAAUGUUAACCACCACACGAAGUAUACAUAUUUGUUGCAUAGUGUGGGCACUUGCACUAACAGGAUUUAUAAUAGUAGUUGCACCAUCUUUCUUUAAGAGAGAGGACAGCAAUUCUACCAUGUGCUUUCAUUACCGAAGUAAACAGAAUGCAAAGACAGAAGCCAUUAUAAAUUAUAUUAUUGUAAUUAUUUUUUGGAUAGUUUUCUUCCUUUUGAUACUUUCGUAUGUUAAAAUCGCCAAGAACCUUCUGAAAAUUUCAAAGAAAAGAGCACAUUUUCCGAAUGCGGGAAAAUAUACCCAGACAGCAAGGAAUUCCUUCAUUGUCCUCCUCAUUUUCACCAUCUGUUUCGUUCCUUACCAUAUGUUCCGGUUUGUCUACAUUACAUCACAGUUACAAUAUCCAUCUUGUUAUUGGAAGGAAAUCAUUCACAAAUGCAAUGAGGUGAUGCUCAUAUUUUCAUCUUUCAACAGUUGCUUAGACCCAGUUAUGUAUUUCCUAAUGUCCAGAAGUGUCCGUAAGACUGUAUUCCAACUUAUUUGCAGAAGACUUCAUGGAGAUUCAGGCCUAGCUCUGGAAAGCACUUCAGAAAUAAAGCUUGGACAAUACACACAAGAGCGAUUAUCUACUACCACUCCACACUCAAGUUCUUUAAAGAAGAAGUCCCUGAUUUGAUUGUUUAAAUGAAUGGAUACUAGUUUCUCUGUCACUCCAUGACAUCAAUUGAAGAUUACCAAACGCUAUACCAUAGUGACUAAUCCUGCCUCUUUCUUCCUGUUAAAAAAUGAGAAGUCUUACUUCUGUUUGUGAAAACGAGAAGUUGCUUUUUGUAAGUAUUUUGCUCUUGUUUAUCCAAGAAAACAAAAUAGGAAGUUCUCAGACAUCUUCUGCUGGAUUAAACUAGAACACUAACUCUUAAAGGAGAUUUCCACAACGGGGUGUGAACCUGUAUAAGGCAUCUUGUAUAUAGACACUAAUAUUACCAACUUGUAUAUGUAAAUAAUAGAUGCAUUUUGCAAAAAGUAAAUUGUGUCCUAUUCAAAAGAACUAUAUAAACCAUUACAGAUUUUAAUAGGUUUUACAGGUUUUAAUAGGUUUUUAAUAGGUUUCAGAGAUCAGCAUUUGGACUACAUUCCAAGGAAAUAUUUGUGGAAUUAGCAACAAGUUGCUUAAAAAUGAGGUGAAGAAUAUGCCUGCCAUUAAUUCAGUUGUAAUUACAGAAGAUACGCUUAGUUUUAUUAAAACAGCAAAAUUAAAAUAUUCGAGCCUCCUAAGCCCCUUAUUAUAUUUUCAACAUCUUAAUGAAUGUCAAGGUCAAACACCUGAGGAAAAGUAAGUAAUGUUUUCGGAAAAUUGGAAAUUAAUGAAGGAGAGAUGACAUACAGGUAUUUUCAGUUACCUAAGAUUUCCUUCAAACUCUGACAAAUUUGGUGACUGCAGCUACAGAAAGUAGUUCAACACGGAAAAUACACUUGCAGGGCUUAGCAUAAAGAGCAGAACAGAAAAAUCAGCUCUUGUGACCAACCUGAUGCACCAGCUCUGAUCUUUGCUCAGGCUCAGUUACUGCUCUGCUUAUGGAUUUCUGAAGACAUGUAUUUCAGCUGCGUGCUUCCUCCCUGGCCUUGAGCUUCUCUUUUCACAUGAUUAAAAUAAUCUUGAUAAUGGCUGAUGCUAUGUAAAUAGCAACGUAACAGCAAUGUCCCAUAGAUACAACUACAUUCUCAGAUUAAAACCAAACAGGUUAAUGUAUUUAGGCACAAACAAAAAUGUCAAAUUGUAAUAUUGUUUAAAAAAAGGGGGCUGAACAUGGGGGUUAUUAGACCAAAGACAAGUAAAGAGGCAGUUAUGCCAAGAACAACUGAAAUGUCUGCCAUGACAGGCCAGAAAGGCAAAUGAAUUAGUCACCUGAUGUUAAACUCCAUAAAAUAAAGAUUUAUUAUCCUGAAUGCAUAGAAGCAAUACUGCACAAGUGAACUGGUGUAAAGAAGUUGAUUAUAAUACAACUACCAGUACCUUCUCGAUGGAUCAUGUGACUUUUAAUGGCCGGUGUGUCAAAACUUGUGGAUUUUUACUAAUUCUGUACAACAGGGUAGAUUUACAGAAGCUACUCAUAAAACUCUUAUUGAACAAAGUAAACAUAACACUUCAGCUCUGUUAGAUAUAAACUUAGUUUAAUUUUUAUGUGAUUUUACUCCAUUCAGUUUUGGUGGAACUGGGUAUAAACAUAUUAAAUUACAGUGAGUGGCCAAGAGUGGGUUUUCCUCAUCUUCAAGAGACAGAUUCCUACAGACCUUUAAUUUUCGUAAAGUAUGAUGGUAACUGCAGUUUUUCUUAAACAUUUCAGCAUACAAUUAAGAUAUUUGUACAAUAAUUUGAUUGAUUCUCACAAUAAUUUUGUUAUAUUUUUUUUCACGAUCUUUCAUCGAUCGUCUUGUCAUCGUAUUAUAUGUAGACUGAAGUAAGAACUGUCUUGGCUCUGCACAGCGCAAGGAACAGCAUGUUCCUUCUUCUCUACAAUUCCCCUAUGCAAUACAGUAGUUCUACAUAGUUACAUCAACUCUGCUAAAUAUAUUGGAGCUUAUAAACCAUCAUUUCAAAAGAUACAUAUGUUAUCUCAUCAUUCUUUCAUGGGCUGUACUUCUUCUACUGUGAGUAGUUGAUAGAUGACUGUCAUCAUCAGGCCGGGGUGGGGUAGGGAGCAUGGGACAGGAUGAACAUAAACAAGAUGGUGAGGCUUGAAUUCUGAAGUUCUUAGGAAGCAAGUGUUCCGUUUAGACCAAAAUUUUCAUUUACAAGGAUUGCAGUUCAUGGACACUGCACAAUUGCAAAAACGGACACAGGUCUCUUCAGAAGAUCAAGUACUAGUACAAGGCUUCAAUGCUACGAAUAAAAUUGACUUUUAAAGCCAAAGGCAAAUAGAAAUGUGUUCCACAGGACAAAAACCAGGCCACCUUAGUAUUCUGGGCAUGCUUUUGUAAAUUACGUAACAUUUCCUUGGUUACUAUAAUAUCAUUUCGUAAGAAACUAAAUAAAUAGAAGGACAACAGGAAAAAAAAUCUUGCAGUACAAGA